AUGUCCGAGGGUAUUUCUUCGUCGUCCGAUUCAGACGACUCGUUUAAAACAGUCACCAAGCGCAAGAAGAAGCGCUCCGCCCCUCAGGCCUCUCCGCCCGCGAAGCGCAUUCCAGCGCCCGUCGCGCCCUCUUCCGGCCCUAAGCCACUUAUGUCGCUUGUUAUCGAGCCUCAGUCCCUUUCUGUGGAGCCUCGAUCUCAGGCCAGAUGGCUCAACGGAGAAGUGCGCCAUGGACGCGGAGUGAUUUUAAUUUUGAACACUUUUUGGCACUUUCAAUACGAGAAACGUUCGCGCGUAAUUCUUCGUUACGAGAAACGUUCGCGUUCGGUAGCCAUAGAAAUGGAACCCGAGCAGGUCGAGGAGAUCCUGAGGCGCAAGGAGCGUGAACUGGAGCUUCUCGAGGAGAUGACCAGAGAGGCGGGUUUUACACCGCGGGCUUCGCUUCGGCGGUCCCCGCCGCCAUCUGCCGAUGUCGUGCCGCUGGUAAUUACACCGGUCGCAAGCUCGAGCAAGAGGAAGUGGGACUCCCCGGAAGAGCUCGAAGAGGAGCUGCGACGCCGCGUAAGAGCGGCACCGGUGCGAGGAACAUACACCCCGCCGCUGGGGGGGCAUCCUCGCCAAAGAGAGCAGGAGGCGGAGCCGGUGCCAGCAACGCCGACGGAAGAGGAAGGUGCCGAGGUGACGAUGACCGUUGGCCAGAAAGAGCCAACGGGGCUACUUGUGGAGCGCGCCAACAAGGCGGGAGAGGCGCUGAUGGCGGCCGCGUCGUCGUCAACGUCCAAACUGAAUAAAGCGGACAUAGCCGCAAUCGGGACCCAGGUGCAACGCCUUACGGCAAUAGUGGCAACCCUGGGGGCCAAACUAGGAGAGGAACGCCUACGGGCACAUAAGUUGGAGGGCGCACUGGCCCAGGCAUCGGCGGCGACGACGACAGGCCUCGCGCCCGCCAGUGCCCCCACUAUAAUCACUAGAUAUGCGGAUGUGUUAAGGGUCGGCGGGGGGGCGACUAAGCCGAAACCCGUGGCGGUAGGGAAGGUGCUGGCCUUCUACCCGAAGCCGGAGGCGGCAGAGAGUCUAAAAACGGCGGACGACACGAAGGCCGCCCUAAAGUCGAGCCUAGACCCGCGGGCUCUGGGAGUGCGGGAGCCUAAGGCGCGGAACCCGCUCGUUGCGGUCGUGGCGGUAGAAGGCCGGCGGGUGGAGGACGAAGCAUUCCUAAAGGCACUGAGGACGCAGAACUUCCCGGAGCAGGAGAGCUGGGCCCCUAGCGACGUUAGAAUAGCAUUCAAGAAGAACGCCAGGGGGGGAUCAUGCACAACUGUAGUGCUCGAGUGCAGUCCCUCCUGGGGUGUAGGGGCUCAGCGCGUAUACGUGGAGUGGGAAAGAUAUCUCACAAGGGACUUCGCGGACACGACCUGCUGCGCGAAGUGCCAGGCGUACGGUCACGCCGCUCGCUUCUGCAGAGCGGCGGCAGAUGUGUGUGGCAAGUGUGGCGAGGAGGGCCACAGAAGCAGCGCCUGUGAAGGCUCAGUAAGCCAGUGCGCGACAUGCAAGCGCGCAGGCAAGGAGGCGGCGAGCCACAGGACAGCGUCGGCUCAGUGCCCCGCGAGGCAGGCGGCGGAGAGGCGGUCCUUUGAAAGAACGAACUAUGGAGUGUAG